ACAUCAGAAGCUGGCAGGUAUAGGCAAAGGCCCUCAGUGCGCGUGCCACGAGAAGAGAGACAGAGAACUCAGUGGCCUAGUCGGAAGGGUAUGAAAAAUGACACUCCCGACGUAGAGACUGGGACUGGAAAUAGGCGAGCAAAUGUAGUGGUAUAGAGCUCGAAACAAUCUAAAGAAGUUACACUGAGAACAAAUCUUCGCAGACAGAUCAACGCAACGUACACAACACCCGCCGUUUCUCUCAUCAGCUGAUAGGGUCUAUCGGAACAUUUGAAGCAGAUAGGCGCCGAACUAUUUAACAUUCGUUUUUAUCUGAACGCCUUUCGCACGGUCGGUUCAACGCGCUCAAUGCUAUUAAGUAUAUGACGGGGGAAAAAAUGUACUGAGUGCGCCCUGCUCUAAUUUCUAGGAGUUCAGGAGAUUUCUGCUGCGACAGUAUUUGUUGCUGAAAGCUUAAUGGAUAAAAUGAAGAACUAUUCAUAUCUCCGCGAUGUCUUCCUAAAAAUUUACGGUUGUAUAGUCAUCUACGCAUUGGCAGUUUAUGAGCUUGUUAUGCAAUAUGUUUGGCUAUUUCGAUACCGCACCGGUCUUUUGGAUGCACCUGAUGACAGUCUGUAUUUGCGAGACCAGACACUUCUUAUUACCGGCGGAGUGGGGUUGAUUGGGCUGGAGGUGACAAAGAAAGCUACAGAGUGCGGCAACUUCGUCAUUAUAUUUGACAUCUUAUCACAAAGUGAAGCCUUAAAGAAAUUAUCUGCGCUUGGACCUGUGAACAAAGUUCGUUAUUAUGAGGUUGACCUUUGCAGAUUAGAUGACGUCAAAUUAAUAUGCGCACGGCUGAUUCAAGAAAAAUGUAUCCCAAAUGUUCUUCUGUUCAACGCUGGCAUCAUGCACGCCCCAUACCAACUGUAUGGAGGUAUUGAAUCCCAACUGCUAGUCUCAUAUCUGUCGCACUGCCUGAUAUUAUCAGAGCUCUAUCCGUAUUUGUGCCCGUCCACGAGAGUAGUCUUCGUCAGCUCAGUGUGCCAUAAGCCAGGAUUCGUUCAGCUGGAUGAUCUCAACGGAAGGUUUGGCUAUUCGUCGCACCUGUGGUAUGCCCAAGCGAAGAUGUGCCAACUACUACUGGUGGUAUAUCUGGCUGCGAAAACGCGUCUUCACGUGAAUGCUGUUCAUCCUGGCGUUGUUGAAAGUUCGCUGUACAAGCAUGUGCUUCUUCGAUAUAUUCUUGGGCCAUUGUGUAUCAUGACGGGCGCUGAAGGUGCAUUUUGCCCCACAUUCGCAUGUCUUAGCAGUAAGAUGAGGGGCGUACGAGGUAAAUACCUCGAGUUCUGUCGCCCCGCCAACCCGAACCGGUUGGUGUACGACCGAAUAGUGCAGGAGAAGCUCUUUGAAAAAACAGCCGAAAUGUUGAAACCGUACACCGAUUUUAGGAAGCUUGUACAUCCACAGUAGUGGCAGUAUAGAGCGUCUUAAUGAAAAGGCUCAUUAUUUGAUUUAUAACGCUGAGAUAACAUUGCGAAAGGAACUAUAGUACUGGGGUACCUCAUUAGGAAGCUUAUUGCCAUGUAUAGAGAGUGCUUAAGCGUAAUUGAGGUGAGGCGAAGUGAGCAUUUGUUUUAUAUAUAGAUAUAUUUGUGGUGCUUAUUAUGACUGAUGUUCGAAACGUGCAUUUGCAAAUGUUGUCUACGCUACUCCGCUGUCUUAAGUGAAAUACGCUUGCAGCAAGGUAAAGAUGAUGAAUAGCCAGUGAAUGACCUAUGGGAUAAUGUAGCAAGAAUUGUAGUUGCUUGAAUUGCUAAUCUUAUAAUUGCCAAACCUUUGUAAAAAAAAUAAAUAGUUUUGUUAAAUUACAUUACUACAUAUCAUAGAAUUAAUAGCUAUCGAAACCGUAGCGCGUGAGUAAUAAUUACAUCAUGUCAAACGCUCAGGCAACUAAAAACAUCGCAUUGCUAGAAAUAUUUAGAAGCCAGACAUGCCGUCUAUGCCGAUGUAAAGUUUCUCUUACACUGAUUUCUAUCUAAGGGCAUGUAAAAUUUAUUUUCUAAUCAAUGAUAACAAGAGCUGCUUGUAACGACUAACUAGAGUCUUGUUCGGGGUAAUGACAACUUAACUAAAUACACCACCUGACUGACUCGACCUACGAUCCAAGACUUUACAGCUUUAUUUACACUUUUGUAAAGUCGAUACUAUUUCGAGCAGACGCUAUGCCAGAAUUAUGCCUAGUAAGGAGACCAGGUUAAUUUAAGUACACUAUUUAGUUAAAAAAAAAAACUGUACGAUUUUUCAAAUCUACUUGACCCGUCACUCGGGGAUUCUGGUUGUUAUCGGUAAAUAUAACAGUAAAUUAUUACGCUUGAUCCACACAGCGAGUUAGCUGUAUCUGUAUGAAAGCAAAUGAGAUCGCAGUGAACAACAUUCCGGCAAACGCUUACUUCCUUGCAGUUUCCUGAGUAUCAUAUUGAGAUGUGUUAUGUAAUCAUUGAUAAUUUAAGGGCUAGGACAUGUAGACUAUUAAUGAAUACGGUACUGUAGUACAAUACAACUGCAAUUGAUAGAUAUUUACACAUAUUUUAGAUAAGCAAUUUUACUUGUCGUAAUCCACAUACCUGUGUAAAUUUACAAAUAUGCAAAGAUGUAUGUAUAAGAAUAAAUACAAUUCCGAUUAGUCCUAGCGUCGUUUUC